GUUUGCUGUGUUUGUCUAGUGUGUAGAUAACCAUAACCAGCCACCAUGAUCAACAUCCCGCUCAUCCCCAACCAAAACGUGCCGAUCAAAAAAAAAAACCUUCUUACCGUCUAUCUGUCCGUCCGCUCUGGGUGGGCCGGACUCUACUUACUUGCUGCGUAUGCACGGCGCGUGCAGUUUAAGACCUGUUAUUGCAUGCAAAUUUUGACGUCCCUCGUUCUGUGCUACCUUUCUUCCUGUCUGCUGCUCCUAACUUCCCAUAUGGCGUAUCCCGUGCAGCUGGAAAUGAGUAUGGAUAAGGGAAGAAAUUAUCCGGGUGGUUCUGGUGGGUAUGCCAGCAUUCAACAGUACUUGCUGGCGCAUUUAAUUUCCGAUAUCAGGGUUUGGUGGGAUAACCCUAGCAUCAAUUUGAGGGUUUUUAUUCUCUGAUUCAAGGGGUAAUGGGCGGAUGGACGGUUGAUAGCCCAUGUCCAAGUAAGGGUGUAAACUCUCAAAUGAUG